AUGGAUAUUAUCCUGUUCUUGUGUGCGGCCGUAUGCAUCAUAUGCAUGUGUCUCCGGUCGCUGCGUCUCGCUUCCGGCUCUCGCUUGCCGCCAGGCCCGCGGGGCUUCCCUGUCUUCGGCAACAUGUUCCAACUGGGGUCGCAGGCUCGGUCUCACCAGGGUCUGGCCAAGCUAGCAGCCAAGUAUGGACCGCUCAUGACUCUCAGGCUCGGCUGCAUGAGGACCGUCGUCGUCUCUUCCUCCGGCGCCGCUCGCGAAAUGUUCAAAGUUAACGAUUUGUCGCUCGCCGGCCGGACCGUCUAUGAGGCCAUGAAGGUUGACGUCGCACAGAGCAACAAUGGGUCCAUAAUCACUGCCCAGUAUGGCCCCUCAUGGCGCCUUCUCCGUCGACUCUGCUCCCGCGAGUUCUUCACGAGCGGCCAGCUUAACGCCAUGAAAACCAUCAGAAACAACUGUAUGGAGGACAUGGUCAGAUUUAUAAGAGAAGAAAGUGAACAUGGCAAGAAAGAUGUCGAGGUCGCCAAGUUUGUGUUCUUCAUGAACUUCAAUCUUCUUGGUAACCUUAUGUUCUCUAGGAACCUAGUGGAUCCUAAGAGCAAAGAAGGAAACGAAUUCUACGCCCUUGCGGCUAAGAUCAUGGAGGUGGUGGCAGAGCCGAAUCUUGCCGACUUCCUACCGCUCUUGAAGCCCUUUGAUCUGCAACGUAUUAGGAAAAAAAUGCAUUACUACACCGAGAAAGCAUUUGAGAUCACGGCAGGGUUCACCAGGGCAAGAAUCCAAGCAAGCAAGAGCAAGGAGGAGCGAGAGAAGGGAAAGAAGGAUUUCCUGGACGUUCUGCUGAACUUUAAAGAUGGCAAUGGAGAUGAACUGUCCAGCUUCUCUUCUGAAAGCAUCAAUGCACUUGCCUUGGAAAUGUUCAUUGCCGGCACAGACACGACGACAAGCGUGGUGGAGUGGGCACUGGCAGAGCUCCUCCACAACCCCCAGAUAAUGAAUAAGCUGCUGGACGAGCUUUCCGGCGUCGCCGGCCCGGAUCGCGGCAUCGAAGAGGCGGAUCUAGAGAGUUUGCCGUACCUGAGAGCAGUGGUGAAGGAGACGCUGAGGCUGCACCCACCUCUGCCUCUGAUGGUUCCUCACAGAGCUAUGGAGUCAUGCACCAUGAUGGGCUAUGAAAUUCCCAAGCACACCCAAGUGCUCGUCAACACAUGGGCUAUUGGCAGAGACCCAGAGACAUGGGAAGACCCGCACUGCUUCAAGCCAGAGAGGUUCCUGGAUUCCGCCAUUGAGUACAAGGGCCAGCACUUUGAGUACCUCCCCUUUGGCUCCGGCCGGAGGAUGUGCCCCGGGAUGCCGCUGGCCCAUAGGCUUCUUCCUCUCACUGUAGCUGCUUUGCUUCUUUCAUUCGACUGGGUGUUGCCGGAGGGGGUCGAUCCUAGCACCGUCGACAUGAGGGAGAAGCUGGGGAUCACUCUAAGAAGAGCCACACCAUUGAGGGCAAUACCUUUACCUCGCCGAUCAUGA